UAAACCUUAAAACAUGUGAUCUUAUUUCACGGUUGCAGUUACUAUAAAGAACACGAGGUUGUUUUGGUGUUUAUCCGUUGUUUUCGUGUUUAUUUUUGUUUUAAAUAUUUCUCCAACAGUCGAAAAAUGCCUUCGACUAACCCUUUACCUCCGAAAGAGAACUCACUGUUUAAAAGAAUUUUGAAAUGCUACGAGCACAAGCAGUAUAAAAACGGCCUCAAAUUCGCCAAACAAAUACUUGCGAAUUCAAAAUUCGCCGAACAUGGAGAAACCCUUGCUAUGAAAGGUCUGACACUAAAUUGUCUCGGACGCAAGGAAGAGGCAUACGAACACGUUCGAAGAGGAUUGAGAAAUGAUUUAAAAUCUCAUGUCUGCUGGCACGUUUAUGGUUUGCUUCAGAGGAGUGACAAAAAAUACGACGAAGCCAUAAAAUGCUACAGAAACGCUUUAAAAUGGGAAAAGGACAACAUCCAAAUUCUUCGGGACUUGUCUCUCCUUCAAAUUCAAAUGCGAGACUUAGAAGGAUAUCGGGACACAAGGUACCAGUUAUUCAUGCUAAGGCCGACCCAACGAGCUUCAUGGAUCAGUUUUGCCAUGGCUUAUCACUUACUUAAGGAUUAUGAGAUGGCUUUAAAAAUUUUGGAUUCAUUCAGGAAGACUCUUGUAUCGGGUUGUUAUGACUAUGAGCACAGUGAACUACUUUUGUACCAAAAUAUGGUAAUUCAAGAGUCAGGUGAUCUUGAGGGAGCUCUGAAGCACUUGACCGAAUGUGAGAGCCAGAUAUGUGAUAAAUUAUCUGUAGAAGAAACAUUUGCCCAACUAUAUUUAAUGCUUGAAAAAUAUGAAGAAGCUGAAGUGCAAAUACGCAAGCUCUUGGCGCAUAAUCCUGAAAAUACCGGCUAUUACAAUAUGUUGGGGAAAGCGUUGAAGCUUAAGACUGAUGAAGAGCAAAUAGAAUUAUUGCUAGAUCUUGUGGAAAAGAAUCCGAAAACACUAGUGCCUCGCCGACUGAUUUUGAACUAUGCCCAAGGUGAAGUUUUUCAAGUGUCUGUAGAUAAGUAUUUAAGAACCGGAUUGAGAAAAGGUGUUCCUCCUUUAUUUGUGGAUGUUAGAUCAUUGUAUAAAGACUGUAACAAAGCACAAAUAGUGGAGAACCUUGUCUUAGCUUACAAAGAUUCUUUGGAAAGGAUUUCGUUGUUUCCUACACGAUUGGAUGCAAACGAUGAUGUACCAGAACCUCCUUCCACCCUAUUGUGGACAUAUUACUUUUUAGCUCAACACUAUGACUUCUUCCGCCAAACUGAAAAGGCAUUAAAAUAUAUAAAUAUCGCCAUUGAGCACACACCUACGCUCAUAGAAUUGUUUGUUACCAAAGCGAGAAUUUAUAAGCACGCUGGUGAUGUGUUCAAGGCAUAUCAUUGGGUAGAUGAAGCUCAAGCUUUAGACACAGCAGAUAGAUACAUAAAUUCGAAAUGUGCUAAAUACAUGCUCAGGGCCAACUUAAUAAAGGAAGCCGAAGAAAUAUGUUCAAAAUUCACUAGGGAGGGAGUUUCAGCCAUGGAAAAUUUAAACGAAAUGCAGUGUAUGUGGUUUCAAACAGAAUGCGCAUUAGCAUAUCAAAGAUUAGAAAAUUGGGGUGAAGCAUUAAAAAAGUGUCAUGAAGUUGAACGACAUUUUUCUGAAAUUAUAGAGGACCAAUUCGACUUUCACACAUACUGUAUGAGAAAAAUGACAUUGCGUUCAUAUGUUGGUCUUUUGCGUUUGGAAGAUGUUUUGCGAGCUCAUCCUUUUUAUCAAAAAGCGGCUCAUUGUGCGAUCCAAGUCUACCUCCGAUUACAUGAUCAGCCCAUUAAGGAUCAAAAAAUUGAGGAACAGUUAAAAUUAGAAAACCUGGCUCCUAACGAACUCAAGAAACUCAGAAACAAGCAGAGGAAGGCUCGACGGAAGGCUGAAUUACAGCAAGCUGAAGCAACAGCAGCUGAAAAACGAGAACAGCACAGUAAAUCCAGCAAAUCAGAGCAAGAAACAGACUCAGUACCUCAGGAUGAACUCAUCCCCGAGAAGCUAGCCCGAGUCUCAGAUCCACUUGAUCAAGCAAUAAAAUUCUUAAAACCUCUACAGAACUUGGCUUCAGAAAAUGUUUACACUCACCUCAUCGCAUACGAAAUAUACUCUCGACGAGGAAAACCUUUGCUGAUGCUUCAAAGCGUAAAACGGGCUUACACGACUAGCAGCGCACAUCCGUUAGUACAUGAUGUCAUUAUAAGGUUCUGUCUCGAAAUGGAGAACUGGAAGAAAGAAGCUACUUUCCCAUCUGCAAUAUUUACUGUAAUAGAUAAAGUAAUGGAACCGAUAUUGAAGGGAAAAACCCCAAAAGAGCUGAAUAAGGAAUUUCUUGAUGAAAACAGCGAUAAACUUCUUUGUAGAUUACAAGGUGCUAGGGUUUUGUAUAUACUUGAUAAAACUAAACAAGCAGAAGCCAUAAGUAUAGCUACUACAUUAGAUGAUAGCAUUGAUUCAAAGGACAUCCAGACUUGUAUCGCUGUUCUACAAUCUCUGAUGCAAAAUGAUUUUGGACCGUGUAAGGAAGCUGUGGAUUCCUAUAGACAUAAAUGCCACAAACUUUUCCCUCUUGCUGCGACAUUUAUGCCUGCCGACCAGUCGGAUCAAGCUCUGUCCAAACCUAAAUUAGAAACACCCCAUCAGCCAGUCGGUGACGAAUUGAAAAAGCAACUUCUCGAACCACAGGAUUCCAACUGUCUUUCGUGCGAUUACAUCACUGAGGAUGGAAAGCACAGUGUUGUGGAGUGCGGAGAUUGUACUAAAGGUAUAGGUAAUUUAAAAAUAGAGGUGCAAGUAGUUAAGCAGAUCUCCGGAUCUGAUUCUAGUAGCGAAAAGUGUUUUACAAAGUGACCUGAAUGAUAAAGCAGUAUUUAUUCAAAGAAGGGAUGUAUAUUAUCAACUAUGAAUUGUCAGUAACUGCAACAAUCAUUUUGAAUUGGGCCACUUUUGUCAGGUUUAUGUUAAUUAUAUUACAAAAAAGAACUCUGCGUAUAACUACAUCAUUUAACUAUAUAAUGGCCGGAAAUUAAAUUUCUCUCUUUUGUGUUUCAUUUACUGUAAUUUAUAAUUUAUACAUAAAUGGUGUAUUCAUUGCCUUGUGGCCAUGCAUUAGGUAUUGCUAAAAGCAUUGAAUUAUCCAAUAAUAUGAUUUAUCUUAGGUUUAUGUGUGUAAUGAGUCAUAGUUCAGCAAAAGUAAGAUUUCUACAUUGUUUUAAAAACUGUCUAUUUCAAUGGAAUUGUAUCAGUUUCAAUUUUAAAUUUACAUUUUGAUUGUAAGAAAUUUGUUAAUUAUAUAUUAAUUAAUGUCUUGGAAAGUAACGAAUUUAACGACAUUAUUAGUUGGCCCUUGUGUAUUUUAUAAUCAAUAAAAAAAUGUUUAACUAAUUUUAUCUGUUGGAUAUAAUUAUGUUAUUGUUUUGCUUGAUCUGAUUUUUUUGUUUGUUUUUUUUUAAUAAAAAGGUAAUAUCGCCUCCGGGUUUAAUAUAAUUCGGUCCAAUCGGAUCAAUUAGUCAAAACAUAUUUUGUUCCACUCAUUUAUUAUCGGCCUCGGAUGUAUUAAAACAUUCUCCUUAAUGGAAAUAUGAAUUUAAAUGCUUAUGCAAUGCUGUUUCAAGGUUGAUAAGUGCAAUUACUAUAAAUUAGUGGUGUAAAAUGUCAUCGGAGAUUGAGAUACGUGGUCCAUUUAACUACCUGAAGUCAAUGCAAUAAAAUUUUAAAAAAUAAUCAUAGAAUAAGUGACAAGAUUAUGAAAUUCUGGUGUGUAGUUUUCUAUUGGACAGUUUGUUUUGAAACAAUUUAACUAAAUGUAGUUAAAAUUGUAUCAAAAAAAUUAUAUUUAUAAAAUUAAUUGGUUUCCUAAUGUGUCUAAUUCACUAAUGUAUGUAUUUAAUAUUUUUUAUUUUCACUACUCUAAAUCUAUCUCCCCCAAACAAAAAAGUAGGGGCAUUAUUCAUUAGAAACACUUAGUUUUUGACAAAAACUCAUUAUUUAGUGUUUAAAUACUUCUCAGAAUGUACUCAGAUAAGUUAAACAUUAUUUGAGUUCGUUAAAUUCUCAAUAUUCUUUGUCGAUGUGUCUAUGACA